UAUUUAAAAUGUCUCUAAUCGUCCCACAACAAGAAUCAGUUGCCCCUCCAAUUCUGCUUCCUUUUCAAGGAGGUAUGGGUCGACAAAAUUUUAUGAGCCGUAUAAGAAUGCAUAACUUACAACUUCCAACUACAGAAAAUUCAAAUACAGGAGGGAAUGUAAGUUUGCUAUUUUCUAAAAAAAGUUUUCAAGUUUGA